UAAAAUCGCUGAGCUCUUUGUAGCUAGAGAGGCGAAGCGUCUGUAAUUGGCUAUGGCGCCUUCAAAGGCCUUGAACUCCAAUACCCUCCCUUUGAUAUACUUCUUACUGUGGGUGGUGGCAAGCAAAGUGCAAGUAUUGGAAGAAUUUUGAAAAUCUUUUGCUAGGGGUGUAUUUCAGUUUAGGUUGAGCAUAGUUUCAGAAAAUCGAAUAGCUUUGGAAGGAAGGGGAAAGGAUGAAGAAACUGAGAUGGGCAAUGGACGGAGGCUUUUGGGACCUCGACGUCUGCACGCCCAGGACCCUUGACGGGUUGGCCCGUCCCGUUCCGGGUGAUCCAAUUCCGCUGGGAGUCUCGAGAGGCACCAGGCUCUCAAGGGCCAAGCAGUUGCACUUCAUGCAGCGCUUUAUGGCCGCGCCAUUUGUCCCCUCUUACGCCGCUGCUUCCAACGGCUUCGCUCUCCAUCGCGUCCUCACUAUUCCCUUCUCUGAAAACUGGUUUUUUACUUUGUUGGGUCAGUUCAAUUUGCAGAAGUUAGUGUCCUCCUUGAUGAAGGAGAGUGGGGAAAGACCAGCACCACCACCAAACUCGGCAUCCUCAUUGCUGCAACAAUUUGAAAGCGUUGGGAGACACCUUCUGGACAAAUCCUUAUACGCCUUUGGUUUCUCUUCCGAACUAUUGUUAACUCCCGAUGAUACUCUGCUUCUUAGCACAGAUUCCCAUUCACAUUCUCAUGCCGAUAAGAAGACACCUCGGAAGAAAUCAGUCUUUCAUCACAAGUUCCCCAAUCACAACUUAACGGUGGAAGCAGUUUCACCAGCACUUUUUGUUGACAAAUCUGGUAAUUAUUGGGACGUACCAUUUUCCAUGGCCAUUGAUCUGGCUUCUCUCUCUCCUGACUCUGGUGCCAGUUAUCAUAUAUGUAUGCACCAUAACGCCGGGUCACCCGCACAAUUCGGAGGUGAUCAGACCACCCAUGAGCCACCUGCUACUCUCCUUCCUGGUUUGUCCCUCAAAACUGCUUUUUCCUUCAAGCAGAAUUUUGACAUUUGGAGGACUAAAGCUAAGAAGUUGAAAAUGGUGCAACCAUAUGACAUAUUCCUUUCAAGCCCUCAUGUUUCGGCAUCAGGGAUCAUCGGUGCUGCUAUGACUGCCUCUGUGGUAGAUUGCUCAGUUAGAUCGCAAGAUGAUUUUCAGGAUCCCAACUGCUUCUCUUUUGAGGCAUCUGGUGUAAAAUCUGCCUUCCUUGCAGACCUGUUUGCAUCUGUGUCAUUUACAGCCCAGCAUGGAAAGUUCCAAAGGCUAUUUCUGGAUCUCACCCGGUUUCAUGCCUGCUUGGAUUUUCCUUCUGGUUCCAGACUGCUUUCAGGUGCUACGAAUUUAGUGCAUGAUCUUAUUAAUUCAAGACAGCCAAGUCUUGAAGAUUUUCAGGCCAUUUGCCCUAAUGCCAGCCUAUCUCUUCAGCAGCAGAUUGCUGGACCCUUUAGUUUUAGAGUCGAUUCGGGCAUUGCUGUUGACUUGAAGAAUCGAGACCAGCCCUUACGUGUAGUUGAACCCAUACUUGCUAUUGAAUAUGCAUUGCAGGUCCUUGGUUCAGCAAAAGCUGUGGCGUGGUAUUCGCCAAAGCACCAAGAAUUCAUGGUAGAGCUUCGGUUUUUUGAGACAUAAACCAUACUAACUUGUUUGUGUUUUGAUGUCUCUGUUCUUUUGUGUCUACCUAUUGUGGAUCAUUCGAGGGACUGGAGGGAGAUACUUCCCAUACCAACUAUCUGUGUUGCAGUUAUAAAUUUAUGAAUACCUCCCAUGCCAACUAUUUCUGCCACCA